ACCGGAACUUGACAGCGUGACAUUCAGCGGAAGUAAACAAUCGCGUUAGUAGCAUUAGCUUGAUAGAUGCGCACAUUCAGCUUUUUUGCUUCUAGCAACAAUGUCUUCAAAUCAGCUGAGAAAGGUUAUAAUUGAGCGUCAAAGUCCAGCUCCAGAAAAUGACGGAGUCUUUGUAAAAAGCAUCGUUCUGCACGAGGAAGAGAUCAAUAAUCAGCGCAGAUCGAAGAAGAAAAUCAGCUGGAAACCACGAAUAAAGUUAAACACUGCAGACCUCCCUCAGGAACACGUUUGUAAGCGGGAGGUUGUCGUUGAUGACAAAUUCAGUCUGGACCAGGAAGAAGAAGAAGAAGAAGAACCAGAGUCUCCACAGAUUAAAGAAGAACAGGAGGAACUCUCCAGUGAUGAGGAGGGAGAGCAGAUUGUUGUUGUUCUGAAGGAGGAACCUGAGUCUGAUACCUUAACGGGGGCUCCUACUUCUGAGGAAAGUGACCACAGUGAACCUGAAUCCAGCAGAGACCAGCUCUUCAUUCAAAGUUCUCCUGUAAAUGGGAGAAGCAGCUGGGAUGGAACCAAAGUUGGUGACUCCAGAUCACCAAAAACCGCAGAUCUGAAGCCAAAUAAGCGCCACAGUACCAAGGCUGCUGCCCUUCCCCUGUCAGAAAGUCUCUGUGACACUGAGAGUAAUAAAACUUUAGUGAAAUGUGACGUAUGUGGGAAAGUCUUUAACUCAAAGCCUAAAAUGAAGAAGCAUUGCAGAAUCCACACGUGUGAGAAACGUUAUCCAUGCAGCACUUGUGGGAAGAAGUUUAAGGACGCAUCAACGCUAAAGUACCACACGAGAACCCACACAGGUGAGAAGCCAUUUUCCUGUAAAACCUGCGGGAAAUGCUUCUCAUGUUGCGGCAAGUUGUUGGUCCACAUGAGAAUCCACACAGGGGACAAGCCUUACCUGUGUAACACCUGUGGGAGAGGAUUUUCUCAGUCCUCCGCUCUGAAGCGGCAUUCAGCCAUCCACACAGACGAGAAGUUCUAUUCAUGCAAAAUAUGCGGGAAAGGUUUCAGUCAGAACAGCGACGUGACGGUGCACAUGAGAACGCACACGGGCGAGAAACCGUACGUCUGCAACACCUGCGGGAGAAGGUUUUCUGACUCAUCGGCGUUUAAGAGGCACAUAGCAAUCCACAUAAACGACAAGCCUUAUUCUUGCAAAAUAUGCGGUAAAAGCUUCCGGCAAAGCGGCCACUUGCUGCGUCACAUGACCAUCCACACCGGAGACCGGCCCUUUUCCUGUGAAAAAUGUGGUAAAAGUUUCAGGCAGAGCAACAAUUUGCUGCGUCACUUGAAAAGCCACUCAGAUGAGAUUUCUUCUGCUUGCAACACCUGCGGGAAACUUUUUAUUCGCCCUUCAUGGUUGAAAAAGCACCUGGAAACUCACACAUAAGACAUUUUAGUCUUAGAGAAUCUUCUAGAGGGUCUUUAUAUUCCUGAGAUGCCUCUUAAAAAAUCUGUCACCAUAGAAACAGUUCAGGGUUGUCAGUCUAUGCAGGGAGUCUUAGGAAAGACCGUUUAAAGUUUACUUUUACAAGUAUUUGAUUUUUUUUUUCAGGAAAAGUCAGUUCUUCAGUUUUCUUUGUUUACAUGUUCAUCUGUUCUGCAUGUUGAACUGUUAAUGCUAAUAUUUCAUCAUUUUGGUGAACUGGUCUGUGGUAUUGGUGGUUUUUGCUGUGCACCAUGUACCGCUGUUACUGGAUUACUAUUAUAGACACGCUGAGUUUUCUUGUCAUCUGUUGGCUCUUAUUACAGCACUACAAUGUAAAUAGAAGGAAAAAGCAGGGAAGGCAGACCGAACCCUAACCCACAUCUCGUCUGUGAAAACGACUGGAUGUUCGGCUUGUUGGAUUUAGUGUCCUUAAAUAGCACAUAUAUUGAUGCAUUAGUCACUUUCGUGGAUGCAGACCUGCUUUGUGUCUUUGUUUGUUGUUUACACUCUGCAGAUGUGUGUGGUUUGGCUUUGCUGGAGUGCCCCCUUGUGGAAUCCUGUGGAAUCACAGGCAAUGAAAAGUACACAGACAUGGAGCCAAAGAUAAAAUAUAGUUUAUUUAUUUUAUUAUUAUUAUUUAUUUAUUAUUACAUUUAUUUUUGACUUUAAAAACAAGUUGAUGCUCGCUGUGGGAUCUUCUGUUGGAGGACCUGCCGGGUAAACGUACAGAAAACUCUGCUUAUACCUGAGUGAUGGAGUUUUAUUUAAUGCUUCUGUUUUUAAGAGUACAUGAACUUUUCUUGUUUCAAGCCUUAAAGUGAAACAGGUCAUGGAAGAUGUACCCUGUAAUAAAUUUAAGAUGCAUGCAGUG